GCUUCCCCCUGGGGCAGCGCGGGCCAGAGGCGGCGAGCGCCGCGCUUCGGGCACGGCUGUGCCUGCCCAAAGUUCCCGUUUUCUCGGGGCUGCACGUCUUAUGAUCCAUUGUGUCAUCGCGCUCCGCUGGAGCGAGGGGAAGGCAAACCCCUCGCAGCCAAAUUUGGCACUGCCCGGGGGAGACAUGUCAGCGCCGGCGAGCUGCGGCGCCUGCUGAGCGACCCGCGGCGGGGGGGCGGGGAGGGUGCGGACUGCGCUGAGCCCGUGACCAUGCCGACUGGCCGCGCAGCAUGGCCAAUGGGACGGGGGCGCUCAUGCUGAAGUGCGUGGUGGUGGGAGACGGGGCCGUGGGCAAGACGUGCUUGCUGAUGAGCUACGCCAACGACGCCUUCCCCGAGGAGUAUGUGCCCACCGUGUUUGACCACUAUGCAGUCACUGUUACAGUUGGGGGAAAGCAGUAUCUGUUGGGGCUCUAUGACACAGCAGGACAGGAAGACUAUGAUCGUCUGAGACCUUUAUCUUAUCCUAUGACAGAUGUCUUCCUUAUCUGCUUCUCAGUGGUAAAUCCAGCCUCAUUUCAAAAUGUGAAGGAGGAGUGGGUACCAGAGCUAAAGGAAUAUGCACCUAAUGUGCCAUUUUUAUUAGUAGGAACCCAGAUUGAUCUUCGUGAUGAUCCAAAAACUUUAGCAAGAUUGAAUGAUAUGAAGGAGAAGCCUAUAUCUGCGGAGCAGGGACAGAAGUUAGCAAAAGAGAUAGGAGCCUGCUGCUAUGUGGAGUGUUCAGCUUUAACGCAAAAAGGACUGAAGACUGUUUUUGAUGAAGCUAUAAUAGCCAUUUUAACUCCAAAGAAACAUACAGUGAAAAAAAGAAUAGGAUCAAGAUGCAUUAACUGCUGUUUGAUCACGUGAGAGACAUUUGACAAUGGCCAUGCCUACUGUGAAUUUCUAUCAAAAUGUAAAUGAUAUAAUACAUAAGGGUGCAGAACAUAGAAGUUUGUAAGCUAAACUUGGGUAUUUAACCUCUGAAAUCAAUGAAAUCCAGAGGAAGAAAACUAAAACCAACCAAACUCUAGUAAGAA